AUGGAGCUCAUGACUUCCAAGUACACCGUCGAUCUCGUGGACCGGCACGUCGCUGCAAUACGCAAGCUGUGCAAGGUCUGCUGCAACGGUUUCCUCUUGAAGCACUUGGAGGCCCUGGUGGACUUGCUGCAUCUGGCCGUCGAGCGUUUUGCUCAAGGCCAGGAUCUGGCGCAGGCUUUGUGCGACUUCACACGUGUUGCGUCACAACCCUUUGUCAGCUGCAAGACAUCCGACAUGAUCACCUACGGUCACCACCUCCCAGCUUUCAUCAAGGGCUUGGUCAGCGUCCUGACGUACACGCUGCCACCCAGCGGACCGGCCAGACUUGAGCAGAGAAAGGCAAUGUUUGAGCGGCUUCGGAUCGAGGUGGCACACACCCUCGCCUGCUGGGCACGGUUUGGCCUUGACGAAGACAGUGUGGAGCUAUUGCCGAACCAGCCACUGAUCCAAGCAGUCGCCGAUUCGGGGACCCCGAACCUUCGAAUCUUGCGCCAAUCGAACGUUAUGGAUGCUGUCUCCGCUUCGUUCCGGUCGGAAGACAGCCCGGAGUCGAUCGUGAUCACCUUGGGCGCCAUACGCGACAUGUCGCUGUACAGGCCUCUGGCUUGCCAGAUUACGAACUGCGGGCUCAUCUCCAACCUAGUGCACGUCAUCCGCGUGAAUUUGCUUGGCUCCGACGUCCUGCUUGUGGCGGCCGAGGUCCUGUGGAACGUCUUGGAGCUGGAUUGGGAUGGAGCCACCGAGGCGCUUGGCCAAGAAGAGGUCAUCGAGUCCUUCCGCGAUUUCAUGCAUGCAGUUCUCACUCGCGGUUACCGCUUCAAGGCCCCUCAGCAGACCUUAUCAGCAGACACAGGAGACACCGGAGACACAGAGUGCUUUCGAAAGGACAAGAUUUUCCGGAACGACAUGAUGGUCCUCCUCAUGUACAUUUCUAAGCGUGCGGAGAACCGCGUGCUCUUCGCAUCCACCGGGCUCAUGGCACUUCUGCUGAGCUAUGCAGCAGUGUCAGAAGCGCGGAGAAAGGAGCUCCUGCAGAAUGGUUACCUCGAGCCGGGCUCAGCUUCGUUUCUGCGACAAAGAUUUUCAGACGGAUUCCAUGGCUGUGGCUGCAAGGAGAAGCAUUUGCAAGAGGCCCUGAUUGGAUUCUAUGGGCGGGCUGCGGACUGCGGUACUUGCAGCGCCUCUGACCCGCAGGCCUCCAAGGGCAUCCCCCUCACCAACACCCAGGAGGACAUGGAGUUCCGGACCUUGCUGUGGGGAACCCUGGCGCGCUGCUGCUCCUCAGAGACAUGUGCCGAGGCCUUCACCGCCGCGUUCCUUCUCGCCUCGGCGGCGGUGCAGUGCGGUUUCGUGGAGUCGCUCCUGGAGUGCUUGGAUGCCGAGGCGCCCCCUGAGAAGUGGAGCCAGGAACAACGGCGUCAGGUGCAGCUCGAGGCUUUGUCCUCCUUGUUUCAGCUGGUACAAUACGUGCCGGACGCAUUCAUGGAGGCGCAGGGCAAUGCCAUGGUCUUGCAGCUGCUCCAGGCGACACGCAGCCGGGAAGUGCAGAAGAAGUGUCUUCACUUGCUGCAGGUGGCUGUUCGUAUGGGGCCGCACUUUGCAGAGAAUCUUGGGCAGCUUGGAGCUGUGGGAACAUUGGUCGAGCUCUUCACUGACAAGGACAAUCCCAUGACCUCAAGGCAGAUGUGCGCAUCCGUCUUGGCCACGAUGUGCAAGGAGUACCCUGAGAAUGCCCGUGAGUUUCGAAAGAAGGAUGGUGUUGAGGCCAUGCGCGACGAGGUCGUGUACCGUCCCGGUGAAACCACCGACAACCACCUCUUCUACAGCCUGUGCGUCGUGGACUGCGUAUGGAAUGCGGUGGUGGGGACUCGCAAAAACGAGAUCCGAUUCCUAGAUGCAGGUGGGCUUUUCGCCUUGCUCGACUGUCUUGAAGUGGCACCGAUGCUCCUCAAGCGGCAGAUCAUCGGCUGCUUAGCAGACUUGAUGGAGUACAAGAAGGCUGCCAAGCUCUUCACGCAGUGGAACUCACAGGUUACCAUGAAAGGUGCGUUGAGACUUCUCUUGGAGCUUUGGCAGUGUGAGCAGCAGGCGGCAGGAAAUCUGGCUCCAGAUGGCGUGAUCCGGGACUUGGACCAGCCGCUCAACCCACGAGCCCCGCCAACCCUGGCCCUUGCUGAACUGAUCGACGAUGGCGAGAGCACUGUCACCAGCACUAGCCGCUUGGCAGGAAAGUUUCGACACGCCAAGAACUUCGCAGACACUGCCGGCACCGGCACAAGCGUGACAACAACGAGCCAGCAUCACACCCAGGGCAAGGGCUUCGAGAAGGCCCCAGCAUCUGCACAGCAGCGGCAAGGAUCGCAGUGGCUGUCCAGCGGCGUUGAGCAGCGAGGUCGGGCCAAGAUCUACGCAGUGCUGAAAUGCAUAGGGUUCGAGUGCCAAGAGACUCUGAGUAUCGCAGAGAGGCAACAAAUGGAACUGGUCAAGCUGUAUCCCAUGGCCGUCGAGCUAGAGAUGUGGAUCAAGGUGCAGGAGAGCUUGGCCAUCAGGGGGGUCAAGCCUGUGAAUGCAGACAGGCAGUGGAUCGAGGAUUGCGUGAUGGAGCGCAAAGAUCAAGCAGCUUGGGUACAGAAUAUCCAGAAAAAGCUGGCAGAAGAAAGGCAGAUGGAAGAGGAGGCAAGCUUGGAGCGCUUCUACAAGGAUUUGCGUGGCCGUGCCCAGAUCCAACGAAUGGCACAGCCACCAGGCUACCCAACCCACAUGGGGAGCAACGACAGCGACGUCUGGAACGAGCUCGGACCUUAA